UAGAGAGCCUUCCAGAGUAGAGACAGGCGCUUUGAGACUCCACGUGAGCCAGUGAACUAUUGCUUCCAUCACCACAGACCAAGAGAGUGAGAGAGACACAGAGAGAGAGUGAAAGAGAAAAAUCAGUUGUUGAGUGAAAAGGAAAUUAGCUCAGAAAAAGAGAGACCAGCCAAUUAACAACAAAUCAUUAAAAUGGGAUUACUACGAGUUGAAGAUUUGGUCACGGGGAAAAGAUGCGAGAGGAAAGAUGUGGGCAAUGUCUGCGUAGAUGUAUACACAGCAGGAGAAUAUGAAACAACUGUUAACUGUGAGAAACAGGAUGGCUUCCAGAUCUGUGAAGACCUAAGUGCAGCGAGCAAGAAUUACAACCUCACCCAGAACGAACCUCAAUUGACCCUCAAUAUUGACCAGUUAGGGCACCUGAAGUUGGAGACUGUAGAUGAUCUCUUCAACAUUCUCCAGCUGAGGAAGAUGAGGAAAGAGAGGAAGCUCAAAUCACAAAAGAAAGAACCUGAGCCUGAGAUCCUGCCUAAGAUAGUGGAUCAGGACCUGUUUCUUACAGCUGUUGUGGAAAAUAAGCUCGCUGUGGUGGAGAAGUACCUGUCUGCCGGUGGAGAUCCCAAUGCCUGUGAUCAAUUCAAACGCUCUGCUCUGCAUAAAGCCUGUUUCCAAGGUCACAUUGACAUCAUGAAGAGACUCUUGGAGGCCGGAGCCUCCAUUGAGGACAGGGACAAGCUGGAUGCCACAGCUGUGCACUCGGCCUGCAGGGGGGGUAGCCUGCCUGCCCUGGAACUACUGCUUAACAAGGGAGGCAAAAUCAUCUCCAGAGACAAGCUAUAUAGCACUCCCCUGCAUGUGGCGGUGAGGACAGGCCAUUAUGAGUGUGCCGAGUAUCUAAUCCACUGUGGAGCAGACAUCAACGCUAGAGACAGGGAAGGAGACACGCCCUUGCAUGAUGCAGUGAGGAUCAACAGAUUCAAAAUGAUCAAACUGCUACUGAUGUAUGGAGCUACGCUGAAAGCCAUAAAUAAUGAUGGAAAGACACCAAUGGAGAUCCUUCUAGCAUGGCAAAAUGGUGCUAAAGACAUCCUAUUUAACUUUAAGGAGGAUGCACCUCUUCCUUAGCCAUGAUGCAUGUAAGAGAAUGUAGAGAGAGAGAGCGAGAGAGAGAGAGAGAGAGAGAGAGAGAGAGAGAGAGAGAGAGAGAGAGAGAGAGAGAGAGAGAGAGAGAGAGUGAGUGAGUACAACAGAGUGACAAGACAGUAUUGCAUGUGCAUUCAGACAGCAAUGCCAAUAACAAUGUGUUUUAUUGAAUAUGUGAUUUGCUUUAAAGUUUGAAAAUGAAGAGCAAUUGAAAAA